UUGAAAGUGUUUAAUUAAGAUAAUUGUUUCAUAUAAAUGCCGACACACACACAAAUAUAUUUAUACAUGUAUAACGACCUCAGAAGCUUUGUUGACCUAACACAUCGUAUUUAUCAUGAUGACACGUACAGAGAAUCAGUCAGUCUUUAGUGGUCUUUCGAAUCACAUCGUGGUGGAGACAAUAUUUCAGUAAUAAAGUGUGUGUGAAUAAUUAUAUUCUUCGAACAUUGCAUACUGCUAAAGCAUUAAUUUGCUGCAAAGUGUUUUACAGAUCUAAAAUAAUUAUUUCUCUCCUUCGACAUGAUGAUAUUGCUAAAACUAUUAUUAAGUAGCGGAUUAAUUUUUAUUGCUGUAACGGCUUUCAUUCGUAAUGAAUCUUUAUGCUAUCGAAUAUCAGAAUAUAUAAAACCGAUGCAUUAUGAUAUCAAGCUUACAUCAUUUAUUGAAGCAAAUAUUUUCUAUGGAGAAUAUAAUAUCAGCAUAAACAUUCGUAACAAAACGCAACACAUAUAUUUAUAUUCGGAAAAAUUAUGUAUUGACAAUAUAGUUUUAAUUACAAAUUUCAAAAAAUAUCAUGAAAAUGAUGAAGAAACAGUUUAUAGACCGACAUAUGAUACUGAAGAAGACCCAAUUGAUAUUUCCUUUAUGAAAGAAUUAUCACCAGGAAAUUACACUUUAAAUAUAAAAUACUUUGGUACUGCUGAUAAAGGCUUCAGAAUUUUCGACAUGAAGAAAAGAACCACUUGGGUAGGUGCUCCACAUUUCCAGAUAGUAGACGCCCGUCAAGUGUUUCCAUGUUGGCAUCCACAUGAUUUUUGGUUAGAAGCAACCUUUAACAUUUCUUUAGCAUGUCAUAACUGUACGACUUUGUCACAUAUGCCAUUGCGAAAUACAGAAAGUGAUGAGUACAAUUUGGUAUGGAAACACUACGUUACCACACCUGUAAUAUUGACUCAUCACGCAACAAUGGUUAUGUCUAACUACCUAUUUUUUCUUGAUAUGAAAAAUCGAAACAUUCAAAUGUGGUGCAGAUACAAUACUGGAUUUCACAUGAAAUUUGCUAAAAAUGUAGCUGAAGAUAUCACGUUGUUUUUCAAACAAAAAUGGAAACGUUCGAACAAACUUUCAAACGUGACUUAUGUUGCAAUUCCAAAUUUUCAUGACGAUGGCACAAUAGUUUUUGGACUUGUGUUUUAUAAGGAAACAGAUAUCAUCUACGAUAAAAAUGUAUAUCCUAUUGCUCACAAGAUCGAAGUAGCUCAAUUAGUAGGACGAAAAGUGGCACAGCAAUGGUUUAAUAACAUGAUGAAUAAUCCGUUAGUGUCAGAUUUUUGGUUUAAAAAAGGUCUUACUACAUUGUUUGCAACGUAUGCUGUCAAUAAGAAAUAUCCAGAUUAUCGAAUAAUAAAUUUAUAUGUUGUUCAAAGUCAACAUUACUCUUUUAAUUUGGAUAGUGAUUAUCAUAUGUGGAAUCUUACUUCAAAAGUUAAUAGUUCAUUGGAAAUACCCAAUUAUAUCAGAGCACCAUUUAUACUGCGCAUGAUGCAACACGUCCUCACAGAAGAAAUAUUUCAGAUAGGCAUAAACACAUAUUUAGAUAACAACUCAUCACACCAUCUAGACUUUAUGGAGCUUAUGAAAGAUGUUGCUUCAACAAUAAAUAUAUAUAUUGCUGGACACAUCUCGCACAUGAAAAACUGGGAUUUGGAAAAGCAUUGUCCUGUUAUUAAAGUAGAACGAAAUUAUGAUGAUCCUAAGAAUCGAACAUUUGUAUGGAUAGAAAAUAUCGACACAUUAAAAAUUGAGUGCAUUCCUAUAACUUUUACUACGCAAACGUCUCCCGAUUUUAACAAUUUUACUCAUCAUUUGUUAUGCAAGCGAUGGGAAAUUAAACGUUUACUAGUACCAUUGAAAUUAUCAUUACCAUAUAAAGAACAUGGUUGGAUGAUAUUCAAUAUACAACAAAUUGGAUAUUAUCGCGUUAACUAUGAUAAUGAGAAUUGGGAAAGAAUUUCAAUUUAUCUAAAUUUUGGUGAUUACACGAAAAUUCAUGUUCUUAAUCGUGCUCAAAUUAUCGAUGAUGCAUUUCAUUUAAUGAUAGCAGGCCAACUCCAAUCCCGUAUAUUCUGGGAUAUCAUAAAGUAUUUACAUCGAGAAGAAGAUUAUAUAGCAUGGUAUCCUAUGUUUAAAGCUCUGGAAUACAUGUAUAAUACUUUUCCAAUAUUGACAAAAAUAGAUGAACAUAUUACGUCUACAGUAAUAAGAGCAUUGCAUAAAGUACUUGAAAUAAUUAAAUAUGAUGAAAUUGAUGAUAGUGACGAACUUAGAAUAUGCUUACGACAAGAAGCUGCAAGAUGGGCAUGUUUUCUCGGUGACAUUGAUUGUAAGAAAGAAGCCAACAAAAUUUUAAGCCAACAUCUCCAAGAUCCUACAAAACACAAACUUCUGCCAUGGUGGAAAGAAUGGACAUAUUGUAAAGGUUUGAAAGCAAUUACCAAAUAUUUCAUAAACAUUUUUUAUUACCAGAAAAGAAAAGUGUGGGAAGAAGUAGAAGAUGACAUUUGGAAAUUAAUGUAUGAUAUAGGAUUGAAAAAAUUGGACACUAAAUUUUUAGAAUACUUGGCUUGCCCUGAGAAUACUGAUGUCAUCAUCAAUUAUUUAGAUUAUAUACAAAAUUCUACAGAACAGGAAUAUCAAUAUCUUCUUAACAGUUUCUUACAUGUUAUUACAAAGCAUGCGAAGAAUCAAAUUAUACUGGAGUACAUAUUAUAUCAUUUUAACGACAUAAAAAUAAAACAUGCUGAUAUAACUGCAGCAUUAAUUAUUAUUAUUAUUAAUAAUGUAUAUUCUGAAAAUCGAACUCAGCGUAUAAAUAGAUACGUUGAAAGGUUAUUAAAGGUCAACGCAAACCCAACUGAUGGAAUAGGAAAGAACAUAUUGCUGAAUUCUCACAAAAUUCGACGAAAGCUAUCAAUUCGCAACAAUCAAAUCAAAAGACAGAGACAGUAUUUUGAUAAAUUUUUCCCUUGGUGAAAAAUAUAAAAAAUUGCAGCUUUGCAUGAGCAGACAUACUUCAUUUGAAUAAUUUUUUUAUAUUGUAUGUACUAUUUACU